AUGUCGACAACAACCGUCACCGAGACGGCCUCUUCACAGCCUACCAGCUCCACCGUCACGCUGGACUCUGCGCCACUCACCGGAUACGACGAGGAGCAGAUCCGUCUCAUGGAAGAGCGAUGCAUCGUCCUCGACAACGAUGACAAGUACCUCCGCGACGGCAGCAAGAAGGAGUGCCAUCUCAUGACCAACAUCAACAAGGGUCUUCUCCAUCGUGCCUUCUCCGUCUUCCUCUUCGAUCCCACCACGGGCAAGCUUUUGCUUCAACGACGGGCGCCUGAAAAGAUCACUUUCCCCAACAUGUGGACCAACACCUGCUGCUCCCAUCCACUGGCCAUCAAGGGCGAGCUCGAAGAGGCGCAGCAGAUCGGUGUACGACGUGCAGCUCAGCGCAAGCUUGAUCACGAGCUCGGAAUCCCCGCAGAGCAGGUGCCACUCGACGAGUUCCAGUACCUGACCAGGAUCCACUACCUCGCUCCCAACAACGACCCGGAAAACAUGUGGGGAGAACACGAGAUCGACUACAUCCUCUUCAUCACCGCACAAGUCACCCUCGAACCCAACAUGAACGAGGUCUGCGAUACAAAAUGGGUCUCUCCGGAGGAGCUCAAGGUGCUCAUGACCGAAUUGGAUCCGUUGGCGUUUACGCCCUGGUUCAAGUUGAUCGUUCAGAAGUUCCUAUUCCCCUGGUGGACCGAGUUGCUGACGAGAAGGGGCGGAGAUGAGGGCAAACCGCUCGAUGCUAAAGUGUUGUCGGACUUGACCGACCACAGCAUCCACCGCAUGCUCUGA